CGCAUGACAUGAUCGUCGCGGCAUCGGUCGCCGGUUCUCUUCUCCAUGUUCACGACUCGUGGGAUACCAAAUUGACGGCGAAACUAUCCUGUAUCAAUUACUUCAACAACUCCCCUUCGAUCAGCUGUUGUUCGAAUAGACUGUACGAGUACUGCACACUCCGCCGCCUGAGUUCCAAACGCGCCACAGUCCUUAUCUAUCACCAAUAGAGGGUACCAAUGAUGAGUCAAAUCGAAAUGUCCCCCCCUGCCGAUGAGCAACAGCUUCUGGGACAUACUUCCAGCAAAAGAGGCAAAACGGGGUGUAUCACGUGUCGCCUACGAAAGAAAAGAUGUGACGAGACCAAGCCCUUGUGUGCCACUUGCAACAGACUAGGGAUUGAAUGUAUGGGAUACGGCAUCAAACGUCCCGACUGGCUCAGGCAGAAGGAGAACGCUCGUAAAGCUAAGCAAGAAAUCAAAGCGACCGUCAUGUCAAAACGUUUCAAGCGAGCCAAGACGGCGGAAUCGACGGUUGUCGAUGACAAGAAUAGCUCAUACGACCAAAGAGUGGGGUCACAUGACAGCGAAAGAUCUGGAUCUCUGAGCACCAAGGAGACGGUUCUGGAAGACGUUCCGCUUCCUUUUGAGAUGGGUAGAAAAGACAGACGAAAGCAACCGGUCAAUCCACGCAAGGGACCAGAGGCGCCUGAAGACAGUGAUGGGCGAGAAGGUCAAGUGCACUCCAUGGGUGAAGACAACUUCUCUCAGUGGGCGGCUGCAAACCAAGAGCUCUCAGAAUACUAUACUGGGGAAUCACAUACCUUCCAAUCCUCGGCCAGCGUACUUGAUACUCUGGAUCCAGCCGUGUUGAUGACCAAUGACUCCAACGAAAACAUUCUUCAGCCCUUCUCUGAUCCUUCAGGACCGUCCUUACCGCUCGUUUUUACGAGCACUGCAAUACCUGCCAACGAGGGUAUGGAUGAGCUCUGGUCGACUAUCUUCGGGUCGGUUGAUCCGGCCUUCUGGGGUACAAACUCGCCUCAAACUACCGCCGUUCCCAAGAGCCCUGAAAGUCUAUCGUCCUACCUUAUGAUCCCCACUCCAACCGCUGGCCUUUCGCCUGGUAAUUCUGACAGGAUGAGAUACCUUCAUCACUAUCUCAACGUCGUCCUUCCUCUUCAAUAUCGCAUGCUUAACAUCUCCAUCUCCAUGAGCGACUUUGUAGCACCUCUAGCUCUCUCAUUCUCGGAAGUUUUCGACAGUGUUUCAUCAUUAGCGGCGCUUCACAUGGUCUCUCAACGGACCAAGAAACGUGUGGAUAUAACCACUGCGGAUUACACUGCGAGACUAUCUGUGAUUCACGAUGCAUUAGAACGCGAUCCUAGUGGUAGCGCUACUAUAGAGGAAUUCAGCGAUGACGACGCUAAAAUAGCUGUGUCGGCGCACCAAAAGGCCGUUGAACGCCUGCGUUUCCUCUCGCCUCAGGAUCUCACUGCUGAGGAUGUCAUUGUUUCAGCUUUAUUCGCCAUCUCCUAUCAUCUUUUCUCUGGCGGCACAUCGAAGCAAUUGAAGGAGAUGAUUUUGAUCAAUCAAAGAUGUUUGUCAGCUGCCUUGUCGUCUUCACCCGAAUUUUCUGAAGGUCAUCAGUCACGUGUACCUUUUCCGGCAGACAGUCCGUGGUCUCGAUAUCGUCCCUUGAUCGAACACAUGAUCUGGAUUGACGUUAUUGCAUCCGUUUCUAAUGGAAAGGGGUCUAGAUUACUACCGACCUAUCGCCGGAUACUGAAGCAUCUGCCAACCGACUCAAAUAUGGGGAUGAACAGACCUUUCCUGCAGAUGGACAAAAUUAUGGGUUGUGAUAGUACUACAUUACUUGCCAUUGCCGAAAUCGUCGCUUUAUCCGAAUGGAAAGAGAAGGCUCAACAUGCUGGAUGCUUAUCGUACAUAGAGCUGAUAAAUCGCUCAUCAGCAAUCCAGAAACUAUUGGAUGAAAGAGCAUGGAGAGAGUGUCAUUUGGAUCAACCUUCGCUUUCCUCCAGUGAGCGAGAGGAUACAAACGAUAGCAUGCGUCGGAUCAUGACCGAUAUAUUCUUCGGGUCAGCGAGAGUGUUGUUAGCCUGCGUCAUCAAUGGUCCAUUCCCUAGAGUCCCAGAAAUUGCUCAAGGAGUUCAAGAUACCCUUGAGGCUCUUAACCGACUUGACAUUGAACAUCCAGACGCAGACAUUCACCGAGCUCUAGUACUCCCAAUUACCAUCGCCGGCUGCCACUGUCACACCCCACAGCAACAAGCAUUCUUCAAGUCGUGCUUUGAGCGGUUAAGCGUAGAGGCUAGGGCGUUUGGUAACACAGGUCCUGCGCUCGAGCUUAUGGAGGAAGUGUGGAAGAGGCGAGCGACUAAGGAAUCUGAUGAAGCGGUUUGUUGGAGGGAGACUAUGACAAGUUUAGGUUGGGAGAAUGGUAUCCUGUUGAUCUAACACGGUCUUUCGAUGUUAUCUGUCAUAUUAUGUUUGUACUACGUAUUAUUCUCAUGCUUCUUGUCGGCGCCUUAUCGUUGUGCAACUGUGAUAAUGUCUUGAAAAUAAAAGGACCGUCGUAUGCAUAUGCUACUG